UGACAUAAAGGCAGAGGACUGAUACACCUGUUCUCACAUCGACUGCUUUAUCUGCCACUGAGAAGACACCAGAUUCUGCACAUGGCUCCUAAAGGAGGACCAUGUUUCUUACUGCUCAUCAUCAUCUGUGCAGCUUUGGCUAUGAGACCAGAUGGGAUGCCUGGAAGUAAAGGUCUUUUCAAGGCCGUUACCAAAAAACUGAUGAUGAACUGCAAGAACAAAGGAGUCCCAGCGCCUGACACCAAACUGUUGAAUGAAAUCUUCAAAAACAGUGAUGCACCAAACGAGGACAUGAACUCGGACCAGCACAAGAUCCUUAAAUCCCUUUUUCUUCAUGUCCUGGAUUCAGUAACUGGAGGCAGAAACACAAACGAAGGCUCACCUCGUCCACCGCCAGCUGAUGUAGAAAAAAUGGACAAGAUGUGGAUUUUCAAAAACCUGCCACUGCUGGCUAAACGGAUGAGGGACUCCUCUGACCCUUCUAUCUGCUACCCGAGGGCGUUCAUGGCCCCAGCUGCCUGGCUGGUUUUGACCACUCAGGGUGAAAACAACAUCGACGUAGAUGACUACGAUGCAGUCAAGUGGGCUGCUGCUCCGAUCUUUGAGCAGAGAGAAGUGGAACUUCCUUCCAAAGCGGACGGCGAAAAACUGAAAAAGAUGAUGAAUAUGUUCCGGGAGGUUUAUGACCUCAUGUCCGAGGAUCAGAAGACUCAGGUGCUAAACUGGGAAAAAGAGCAGAUUGUCGGGAACUACUUCAACUGUACACUGAAGCCACCAUCGAAGCCAAGAUCAACACCGAUCAGUCAGUGCAAACCUUCACUGCAGUGGUUGGAUUCUGAUGCGAUGAACAUGAUGGGGCCUUUCCUUUCCAAUUUACGACCAGCUGAUGUUGAUUCCUCUCCCAAGGAAAUGAUGUGCCAGUUUUUCCGCUCAUCCCGUUUUAACUCCACCAUGGACAAAGCAAACAUGAAGCGCAGCCUCAUCAAGAAGUUUCUUGGAAAAUUUAAAGAGUGCUUCAAGGGAGAAGACUCCCUAAAGCACAUGGACAAGCUCGGCCCGCUGGCUUGUUAUUUUUAUGACGUUCAAAAUUUGACCUUCGAAGACUCAAGGAAAGCUCUUGCUCAGCUUGAAAAAUGUGACAACCCCCAAAUCAAAAAGGUGAAGAAGCGACUUGUCAACUUUCUGAUGUCAAAUUCCACCAUUGCUCAAUCUCGGCCCGACUUCCUCAACAAGAGUAUUACACUGUUGUCAACCAAGCAAUUGUCUAAAAUCCCAACCGAAAAACUCACGGAAGUCGUGAAGAAACUCGGACGCACCGUAAAAUGGACGCGGAAGCAGAUGCGCAUUCUGGUCAAGAAACAGAUGGAUGGGAAGAAGUGCAAAGACUUAUCGACUGAGGACCUGAAAGCCCUUAAGCCGAUUGCAGAAGGUUUGCCACGCUGUGUACUCAAGAAAAUGAAAGCCAAGGACAUCCUGGAUGACACAGCGGGUCUGAAGAAUGCCACCCAACGAAUGAAGAAGGGAAAGUUGAAGGCCAUGCUGGAGGGGAUGGAAAACAUGACUGUCUCCGAUCUGGUGAAGAAGUUGCCUGGCGCUUUGCUUCGCUGCAUUUCUCUCAACAAGCUGAAAAAUGCAGACGACUCCUCUCUGGACAAAGUGGACAAUGAAGGCUGGAAUAAGGCACAGGCAGCAUAUCUGGUGAAGAAGAUGCCUGCGUGGAAAUUCAGGAAGAUGCGUUCUCUCAUUCAAGGAAUAACCUGUAAGAUUAUUGACGAAGUUGCUGACCGUGAGGUACAGGACAUGGCUCAGGGCAUAACAGAGAAUCAAAAGUGGGUCUCCAAAGUUCAGGCCAAAUGUGCUGCUCAAAAGUUAUUUGCAAGUCUGGAGAAAGAGAGAAAAGACUAUUUCAAAACCAUCAGCGACGAGGAGCUGGAUAGGAUCGACACAUUCUUACUUCUUCACCUGCCACCUAAUAAAGUGAAGGACCUGCCUGACUCUGUUUGUUCAGCCUUCAUCGACAAGAUGGAAAUGGCCAACCUGAGCAAAGUGCCUUUUCGUUCCCCAUCCCGUCCUGCACUCACAAUGAGAGCUCUGCGCUGCCUGGCACAAGGAAAAGAUUUGUCCAAACUGACCGUUGCGAAUGUUACUAAGCUUGGACCACUCUUAUGUGAGCUGCCACCUUCCAAACUGGAACUCAUGGCCCCUGACGUCCUCAACUUCAGCCUCAUGACCAUAGCUUCCUGCAAACGCAUCCCUCAACGCAACAGGAAGGAGCUAAUGGAGUUGGUCGUCAAGACUUUUGGGAAACCUCGUGAUUGGUCGGCUGAGACCGUGGAGUCACUGCUUCCUCUCCUGGAUGACGAUGCCAUAGCUGCUCUGCCCAACAAAACUGAUGUGAAGGAUGUGGUUUCUUUCAUGACGUUUCGUUUGCCUGACAUUCCGAAAGGCCUGAGAAAGAAAUCAUUUCAGCUCGCCACCAGCAGCACAUCAAACGCAGCACGUAGAAAGAGAGCAGUCAACAGUGUUCAGGAACCCACUGAGGCUUUGAUUGAAGAACUGGGAAUGAACAACAUCUUCUGGACACCGGAACAGCUGGGCAAGAUGUCAAAGGACACUUUCCUGGCAACCGUGGAAACACUCGGGGAGAUUCCUGACUUCAGUGAUAGGCAGCUGGCUGAACUCAGCAAAAAAGCACAAGAGGCGAUGGGCCCGGUGUCACAGAUGACUGAGGACAACAUCAUGGAGCUGGGUUGUAUCAUUCGGAAUUUCUCCAACUCGGACCUGGAGAAGCUUCCCCUGUCUCUGGACUCUGUGGAGGACCUCACCCAGUGUGGCUGGACUGAAUCACAGAUGGAGUCGGUGUGGAGGGCUGUUGCUAAAUACGACAACCUGACAGCUCAGCAGCUGGACACCGCAGAUAUCGUCACUUUGAACCGCUUCAUCUGCGGCCUGAACUCCGACGAGAUCAAGCAGCUCAGCGUGGAUGCCUUCAUGGAUGCCGUGGGAUCAAUGGAUGAUGUUCAGUGCCCCUAUACAGCUCUGGAGAAGUUCAAACCUCUUAUUGUGCCUGCCAGAAGAGAUCCAAGCACCUGGACAGAAGCAGACGUAUCAGAAUUAGGCAACUUCAUGGCUGGGUUGAAUAGAGAAGAGUUGGCUUCUUUGGAUCCACCAGUCUUCUCGUUUUUCACUAAGACUUCUAUUCCGCUCAUUCCACCAAAAAAUAUGGCUAAACUCUCUGCUGCUCAGCUGGAGAGUCUUGGGCCCGACAACGCUGCCAUGAUAACUGACCGACAGCGAGCUGCGCUAUCAGACGAACAACGAGACGCAUUGGACAGGGCUGAAACUGGUUCUGACGAGGAACCGAGCAACACCACCGUCAUGUCAGGAGCUCCAUCGCUGAGCAUCGAGGGGAUCUCGGCCUUCGUGAAACCCACUCUGGUUCUCCUCAUGGGCUUCCUGCUGCUGUGAGAACAGAGAAACAUCACAUCCAACUACAAAGCCUGCAGCAGCUUCAGCUAAACACACAUUUACGGCAUCGUUUUUCUUCCAACUAAUCCUUAUAGAACACUUGUGACAGCCUGCAAUUAUCCUAUUUGUGGCGAAGAGACAUUUUGUAUAGAUGCAUUGUCUAAGAUAAUUACUGUGUGAUUGUAGGAGCGUGGGUACAGUGAAUAACUUAAUCAAAUAAGCUAUGUAAAGGCAAUUUACUGCUCACUUUUUAUGCAAUAUUCUGUCCGUUAUAUAUUUAUAAAAAAGUAUAUUUUACUAGAAUCAAGAGAACUAUGUAAUGUUUGACAAUAAUGCUCUGUAUGAGUUUGAUAUACAGAUAUUUAAGAUGUACUGACAAACUGCAGGGUGACAAACUCAAUAAAAAUUAUAAAUAUA